AUGGAAUCACCCAACGAACCGCCUCCUGACCUCAGAAUCGGCCAAGGUGACACCAACACCACAGUCACUGGAGAUAACCAGGCGAGGCCAGAACUGGGCAAAGAUAGAGCCUCCGGAUCGGACAGCGCCGGCGCUGGCACGAGGAAGGAGAAAGGCCGCGUCAGGUUUAACAGCAGAGCGGGCGUGGCCGGGGUUUCUGUGCAGGACCACGCAGCCCACGCUGCCCACGCUUCUCAUGUCGCCUCCAAUGUCGACCCAACCAGCUCCCGAGCUCUACCAGAUUUCCAAGACAUCAGGAUCAGGACUAGCGAUGGAGAUUUCGUGUCCAGCAAUGACGCCAUUCCUCUGCGCGACUUGCCAACCGCAAGGGGAAACGCCUGGCAGCGGAUUCCACCCGACGACGGCGAACAACGCGGUUUGGCGAACCAAGAAGCCCAUCGCCUCGUCCAAGACUAUACUUCAGGAGCCACAGGCACACGCACUGCGGGCCAUGCUACGACACAUAACGGCAGCAAUGGCGCAACCUCGUCGAACGCUCCGCGUCCCGAACUGAGCGAGGUCAACGAUGGGAACUACGACGGGUUAUACGAAGUCUCCCCUCCCAAGGAGUAUCGCGGGAACAUCCUCUCGCAACUCCUCAAGCUCUAUAAACCCGCCACCGCCGCUUCUGCCGAGCCGCUGCUGGGCCUGGGCCAGAGCACCAGCCGCAACUCCGGAAUUUCGUCUCCGGGCGAUCAGACCCCGACCGCCCCAGGCUCCUCCCACGGCAAUGGCGGCACCGGCACCGGCACCGGCGGUACAACCCCCAUGCGCCGCAAGUGGUACGAGCAGAACCGGUCGCAGGACACCCUCUAUAACCUCGUCGAAGCCUCCGCCCGGCUCGCCGUCCCCAACAACGAACCCUCGACGCCGCCGUCGUCCGAGCAAAAGGCCGACGGCAAGAAACGGCACCGGCCCCUACACAAACGGACCGCCAGCAGCUCCCGUUUCAGCGCCUUCCUGCAGGCCGAGGAGGAACAGCAUCAACAACAAGAACAGCAACAACAACAACAACAACAACACCGCAUCACCGUCCACAUCGCCGAGACCAUCUCCCGGCAGGACUACAUCAUCAAGCUCUGCCGGGCCCUGAUGCUGUUCGGCGCCCCCACCCACCGUCUCGAGGAGUACCUCAGCACGACGGCGCAGAUCCUCGAGAUCGACGGCCAGUUCCUGUACCUGCCGGGCUGCAUGAUCAUCUCGUUCGACGACAAGCCCACCCGCACCGCCGAGGUGAGCAUCGUGCGCACCGCCCAGGGCAUCGACCUCGGCCGCCUCCAGGACACGCACCAGAUCUACAAGGAGGUCAUCCACGACGUCAUCGGCGCCGAGGAGGGCGCCGAGAAGCUGGACCUCCUGGUGGCCGCCCGGGUGAGGUACCACCCCUGGCUCCGCGUGCUGGUGUUCGGCCUGACCAGCGCCGCCUGCGGGCCCUUCUCCUUCAGCGCCCGCCUCAUCGACAUCCCGCUCGCCUUUUGCUUCGGCUGCCUCGUCGGCGUGCUGCAGCUGAUCGUCGCGCCCAAGUCGCUGCUCUACAGCAACGUCCUGGAAGUGAGCGCCACCGUCUUGGUGAGCUUCCUGGCCAGGGCCUUCGGGAGCAUCAACGACGGGAAGCUGUUUUGUUUCUCGGCCAUUGCCCAAAGUGGCAUCGUCAUGCUUUUGCCCGGGUAUGCCGUUUUAUGCUCCGCCCUCGAACUCCAAUCCCGCGCCAUCGUCCCCGGCUCCAUCCGCAUCGUCUACGCCAUCAUCUACUCCCUCUUCCUCGGCUUCGGCAUCACCGUGGGCGCCGCCCUCUACGGCGUCAUGGACAGCAACGCCACCUCGUCCACCACCUGCGAGGACCCCCUGCCGCCCUACUACCGCUUCGUCUUCGUCCCGCUCUUCGUCCUCUGCAUCAGCAUCCUGUACCAGGCCCGCUGGCGCCAGAUGCCCGUCAUGGUCGUCGUCGCCUUCGCCGGCUACGUCGUCAGCUUCUUCACCGGCCGCCGCUUCGUCGCCGCCCCGCAGGUCGCCCCCACCCUCGGCGCCCUGACUGUCGGCGUCCUGGCCAACCUCCACUCCAGGGUCCGCCACGGCGUCGCCGCCGCCACCCUCAUCCCGGCCAUCUUCACCCAGGUCCCCGGAGGGUUGGCGUCGACGGGCGGUCUGCUGAGCGGGCUGAGCACCGCCAACCUGAUUACCAACGCCACCCAGGCCGCCGCCAAUGGGACGACCGCCCCGUCGUCGCCGUUUGAAACGGGCAGCGAGAACCUCAACGCCGUUGUUUUCAACGUGGCUGCCUCGAUGAUUCAGAUCGCCAUCGGUAUUGCCGUCGGUUUGUUCAUGAGCGCCUUGAUUAUCUACCCGCUUGGUAAGAGGCGGAGCGGGCUGUUCAGUUUUUGA